GCUCUUUUCACUCUGCUUUGGGUGUUGAAGGAAGACGAGCUUCUCACGGAGCCUCUCUUGAGCCUCUUGGCAGUUUCCCCCUCUGUGCCCCUCACGUUUCCACCAGAAACGUGAAGGCAGAGGCCACAGAUUCUCCCUGAGCCACCUCACUUGGAAGCACCAUGUCCGGAUGAGAUCGCACUUCCUGCAGUGGGCAUUAGCCACGUCCAGGUAGAACCAAACCUGUUGCUUUUGUAUGUUGGGUCAACUUGGCCUGACGUUUCAGAGGUAGACACGAGAUAGGGAGUUUGUUGCGGGGGUGGGGAGAAGUGGUAGACAUGCUGGCUAACUGAUUAUGAUUAAGAGAAACUUAGAAGCUGAAGCCAGAGAGCAUCUCAAAGGUUCCUGAUACAAUGGAUGGUGUCACUCCAACCCUUUCGACAAUCAGAGGGAGGACCUUGGAGUCCAGCACUCUGCAUGUGACUCCCCGCAGCCUGGACAGAAAUAAAGACCAGAUCACCAACAUCUUUUCUGGGUUUGCGGGACUCCUCGCCAUCCUCCUGGUCGUUGCAGUUUUCUGCAUCUUGUGGAAUUGGAAUAAACGGAAGAAGCGACAAGUUCCUUACCUCCGAGUUACCGUCAUGCCCUUGCUGACUUUGCCACAAACCAGACAAAGAGCCAAAAAUAUUUAUGACAUCUUGCCUUGGCGACAGGAAGACCUGGGGAGACAUGAGUCAAGGAGUAUGCGCAUUUUCAGUACUGAGAGCCUCCUCUCCAGAAAUUCUGAGAGCCCAGAGCAUGUGCCCUCCCAAGCAGGCAGUGCCUUCCAGGAGCAUACAGCCCACAUCCAUGCCACAGAGUACGCGGUGGGUAUCUAUGACAACGCCAUGGUCCCCCAGAUGUGUGGGAACCUCACUCCCUCGGCACACUGCAUCAAUGUCAGAGCUUCCAGAGACUGCGCAAGCAUUUCUUCAGAGGAUUCGCAUGAUUAUGUCAAUGUCCCCACAGCAGAAGAGAUUGCUGAGACUCUAGCUUCUACCAAAAGCCCUUCCAGAAAUCUCUUUGUUCUUCCCAGUACCCAGAAGCCGGAGUUUACUGAGGAAAGAGAUGAGGGCUGUGGAGAUGCUGGUGACUGCACCAGUUUGUAUUCUCCAGGAGCUGAGGACAGUGAUUCACUCAGCAAUGGAGAAGGUUCUUCUCAGAUCUCAAAUGACUAUGUCAACAUGACAGGGUUGGAUCUCAGUGCCAUCCAGGAAAGGCAGCUCUGGGUGGCUUUUCAGUGCUGCAGAGACUAUGAAAAUGUUCCAGCAGCAGAUCCCAGUGGAAGCCAGCAGCAGGCUGAGAAAGAUGUGCCAUCCUCAAACAUAGGUCAUGUCGAGGACAAGACAGAUGAUCCCGGGACCCAUGUCCAAUGUGUCAAAAGGACAUUCCUUGCUUCAGGGGAUUAUGCAGACUUUCAGCCAUUCACACAGAGUGAGGACAGUCAGAUGAAACAUAGAGAAGAGAUGUCAAAUGAGGACUCCAGUGACUAUGAAAAUGUGCUAACUGCCAAGUUAGGAGGCAGGGACUCUGAGCAGGGGCCUGGCACUCAGCUCCUUCCUGAUGAAUGAAGACCCAGGUACCCAGCCAUAAAGCCACAUUGAGUAGUCUAUCCCACAGGAAUGACUACUGCAGAGUCUAGUGCAGACCCGUGAUCACCUUAGUGCUUCAGUGGAUUCACUGGUUAGAUUAAAAAGAGGCUGAGAUGAGCAGGGAACUAAGAGGCCACACAAAAGCAGAGGUUUGGGAAUUCCAGAAGGGAAUUCUUCUCAAGCAGAGUGUGGUUAUCUCCUGUACCAGCCUAAGAAUGUUUGCUGAAACUGCUUCCUAGAACUGUGAAGAAAGCAGGAAAGUAGUGCACAGUAGUCUAAGAUUAUUACCUUCAUUAAUACCAACAGGCUGCAAAGCAAGAGUAUAGAUUAUUGUAUAAUCCAGGCAGAGGUCAAAAGGAAGGAAGAAGUUGGAGUGGAGUGGGGUGGGCAAUUUCCAUUUUAAAGAGUGUAGGCAGGCCAGGUGCAGUGGCUCAUGCCUGUAAUCCCAGCAUUUUGGUAGGCCGAGGAGGGCAGAUCACUUGGUGCCGGGAGUUCUAGACCAGCCUGGCCAACAUGACCCAUCUUUACUAAAAAUACAAAAAUUAGCCAGGCAUGGUGGUGUGCCCCUGUAAUCCCAGCUACUCAGGAGGCUGAAGCAGGAGAAUCGCUUGAACCCAGGAGGUGGAGGUUGCAGCAAGCCGAGAUUGUGCCACUGUACUCCAGCCUGGUGACAGAGCGAGACUCCCUCUCAAAAAAACAAAACAAACAAAAAAGAAGUGUGGGCAACCAAAUGUAGGUAAGGAUGCAGAAGAAUAGGAACUCUCACUGGUGGCUGAUGGGAUUGCAAAGCGUCAGGGCAGCUUUGAAAAACUUUUCAGCAGUUUCUUAUAAGCAUAACUUAUCAUAUGGCCCAGCCAUUUCACUACUAGAAAUUGACCCAAGUGAACUGAAAACUUAUGUUCACACAAAAACUAGCACAUGACUGUUUAUAGCCGCUUCAUUCAUAAUUACCAAAAACUAGAAAUAACCCAGAUAUCCUUCAACAGGUGAUUGGAUAAGCUGUUGAUAUCCAUUCCUUGAGUUUAUCCAUACUCAACAGUAAAAAAUGAACUCUUGGUUCACACAAUAAUAUAGACAUAUCUUAAAUCCAUUUUGCUAAGUGAAAGAAGCUAGGCCUAAAAGUCUACAUGUUGGGCGAUUCUAUUUAUAUGACAUUCUGGAAAAGGCAAAACUAUAGGGAUGAAGAACAGAUCAGUUGUUGCCAGGUUUGGGAAAAGGAGGGAAGUUUGCUACAAAGGGGCUGCAAAGGGAAUAGGCUGAUGGAGCUGUUCUGUAUUGUACCGUGUGGUGGAUACACGACAAUAUCCAUCUGCAAACACAACAACUAUACACAUGGCCAGGCGUGGUGGCUCACGCCUGUAAUCCCAGCACUUUGGGGGGCCGAGGCAGGGGAACACAAGGUCAGGAGAUCAAGACUGUCCUGGACAACAUGGUGAAACCCUGUCUCUACUCUCUCUAACAUUUGUAAACCUGUCUCUAAUUUGUAAUUUGUAAACCCUGUCUCUCAUAUUUGUAAAAAUACAAAAAUUAGCUUGGCAUGGUGGUGUGCGCCUGUAGUCCCAGCUACUAGGAGGCUGAGGCAGGAGAAUCACUUGAACCAGGAAGGCGGACUGCAUUCCAGCCUGGGCAACAGAGAAAGACUCUGUCUCAAAAAAAAAAAAAAAAAAAAGAA